UCACGUGGUCGUUCACGUUUUCUCUGCUCCCUGUUGUUACAGUUUUUACGCCUUUUUUCGUUUCUUUCUCUAAUCGACCGGCUGGUCCAAAUGAAAAGAAGAGGAAGCUCGAGUGCAGAUCGCGAGUGACUGCGUUCGGACGCGGUCGAUCUGGAUUGCAACAGGGAUCUUUUAAUAUCGGCGCAAGGUAUCAAGGUCAAUCGGCGGCAAUAUCUGCUCCGUUAAAAAGUGAUCUUAGCUGUAACGAUAUUUCGGGAUAGUUGAAUUACUUCGGUCAGAUUGUUGUCUACCGCAUGCAAGUACGGACGUGUUGGAUGAGAAUAGCGAAGAGAACUAUGAGGUGGAUAGCAGCUAUUGCUGGGCUCUUCCUGAUCCUGGUUUUGUUCCAAGGUACCGAAGCGUCUUCGUCUAACUCAUGCACGACAAAACGAAGCAUAGACCUGUACGACCUCUACCACUUCAAACUUCGGCAACACAGAUUGCCGAUGGGAAUAGUACCGACCAGUUAUCACCUGGAACUUCAGCCUUUCGUUGGGAAUGACAAAUUCAAGGGUCGAGUUAAGAUCAACGUCACUUGGACAGAUACCAGCGACACAAUUACCCUAAACGUUCAUCCGCAUCUUCACAUCACGAACUACAAUGUUAGACUCACCGAGCAAUCGUUCGAGGAAAGGGAGAAAGGACGACCAAUGAUGGAUGUGAACGUCGCAAGAGUCACUCUUCCGAAUAGCCGGAAGACCUGGUACACGAUUCAUCUGGAACAAAUGCUGAAGAACGGUAGUAGCUGUGAAGUAGACCUUAAUUUCAUCGGAAAUCUUACCACUGACGACACCAGAGGCCUGUUCAGGAGCGAAUAUUUAGACAGCAACGGAACGAAACACCCCUUCGUAGCUACCUAUCUUAGACUGGACUACGCGCAAAGUGUAUUUCCUUGUAUGGAUCAACCUCUUUAUAAAGCAAACUUCAAACUAAGCGUCCUGCGCCCAAAAAAUAUGACAGCUCGUUCAAACACUCCAGUCGAAAGCAGCGAGGAAGCGAACGGAGAGUCAGAUUUAAUCUGGGAUCACUUUCAGAAGACACCACGAAUGUCAACAUACCAAUUGGCCUUAAUAGUAUCUGACUUUGAGAGCAUCUCCCCCACGCAGGAAAUCAACGAAAUCGACGGAAGGAAGCUCGAGAUUAGAGUGUGGGCUCGGAAGGAAUAUUUAGAAUCCUUAAAGGACGUACCUGACAAAGUUGUCAAGAUUAUGAAUUAUUUACAAGAAUACUUCAACAGUUCGAUUGUUUUACCGAAACUAGAUUUAAUGGCAAUUCCUUCGUUCAGUUUUGCCAGAGCAUCUGAUAGCUGGGGCUUGAUGUUCUUCAAGGAAAGUCAACUGAGCAGUUCAUCUGUUUGGAACACAGCCUACGAAUUAAUUUAUCAAUGGAUUGGCCAAUAUAUCACACCGUUUAAUUGGAGUGAUGCACCGGUUAACAAAGCAUUAAACUCAUUCUUAGCUUCAAUGACGACGAUAGAUAUCAACCCAGACGAAAUGGAAGGGAAAUGGCCAAUGACCACGUUAUAUUCGCUUUAUUACGAGUUUGGAAAGUAUGAGCCUUUCUCGAGAGUUGGAGGAAUUAGAAACGUAGCUACAUCGGCGAAAACGGAACUUGUAUUUCGGAUGUUCAACUACACCCUUGGCAAAGAGCUAUUCCAAGAAGGCGUCAGAAACUUCGUUCAUCAAAACUCCGAAGAAAAUCCACGAACCUUCUUCGCAGAUGAUAUCUACACCCAAUUGAACAACGUCGUGAACGGAACGGACAUUUUACCAGCAGGUUUGACAAUCAACAGCAUCGCGGGACCGUGGACCAAUCGAGAUAGAGUGCCAUUGGUCACGGUCAUCCGUGAUUAUGAAGUUAAAGCGAUUACACUUAGCCAGAAAGUAUUCCUCAGAGAAGCUCCACGGGCCACCACGCCUAAAGUUUCUUAUCAAUGGGACAUACCGAUAGUGAUGAUGACGCAAGAAAAAUUAGAAUUCCAGAUACCGUGUAAACUGUGGUUAACGAGGAGGAACGAACCAAAAAAUCUCACGCUAUACAAUAUCGCUGGCGAAAAUGAAUUUGUCAUUGUCAAUCCGGAGGAAAUAGGUAUGUUCCCGGUGAAUUAUGAUUCCUGCAACUGGAAAAUGCUGUCGCAAUUUUUACAAGGUCCAGACCGUGAAAAAAUUCCUGUUUUAACCAGAGCCAAACUACUUCACGAUUCUUGGAAUUUGGCGUAUUGCGGAGAUCUUUGUUUCGGAAUCGCUCUAAACAUGACACUCUUUUUGAAAGAAGAAAGGAACCACGUAGUGUGGGAGCCUGUCUUUAUGAUGAUCGAUCAUAUCGGCAGACGUAUCGAAGGAUCUGAUGUUUACCCGAAAUUUGAAGCAUACAUUCGCACCCUGUUAAAACCUCUAUACGAAGAACUUAAUAAGACUAUAGAACCAAACGAACCGUCUUGGAAAACUCAUAUGCGGGGCAUGACGAAAAAUUUCCUCUGCCGUGCCGGAUACGAACCAUGCGUUAAGGAAGCGAAAGAUCAAUAUAAAAAAUGGCUGUUUGACGAAGAUCCGGAUAAAGGAAAUCCAGUUGCCAAUGAAUUCAUUUGUCCAGUAUUCAAAUGGGGUACCGAAGAAGAAUGGGAAUUUGGACUUCAUCGUGUCAUAAAUUUCCCUCAAAAUAGUCCAGAAAGGAAACGAAAUGAACGUACAUAUCUUUUAAAAUCUUUAGCAGGUUGUCCAAAAGACACAUACAAAAUCGAAAGGUUGUUGAAUGUAACGAUUCUCCAUCAGAACGAAAACUUCACGGAUUUAGACAUUCAUUUGAUCUUUGUUACAUUAAGCAGCGGAGCAACAGGUUACACAACACUUUACAACUUCUUAGCAGAUAACUGGGAUAUUGUAAAACAAAGAUUUGAGGAUAAAAAAGAGCUUUGGUAUCGCAUAGUAGAAUCCAUAACCUCCGCAUUCACUACUCAAAAAGGAGUUAAAUUUUGCGCAACCCAUCCAGCGGAAAUCAACCUAACCGAUAUUAUGAUUCAGGAAGCUUACAAGUUGGAGAGAAAAAUGUGGAAUGAAAAAAAUCUUCCAGUAAUUGACACCUGGCUCAUGGAAAAUUUGCCAAAAGAGGAGCUAGAAGCUAUUCAAGCUAGCAUGACUACUACAACCACCACACCAAUGGCAAAUUGAACGAAACUGUAAACAGACAAAGUUCAGCA